GCAUACUUUGGACUUGUUUCUAGUUGCAUCCUCAGCAUUAAAGCUGAAACAUGUCAAGGAGGCAUCAAGAUUUCCAUGGCAACUUAAUAACACUGCUGAUUUCAACUGAACUCAAUUGCUUUCUCAUCUUUAAGCUGAUUGUACUGGCUAUCUUACUAAAUGUCAGUGUAUGCUGCCCAUUUGAAUGCUAUUGCAGUGUACCGAGUGGCCUGGUGCAGUGCCAGUUUUUACCUCUGCAGGAGAUCCCUGGAGAGAUCCCUCACUGGGUCCAAAACCUGUCAGUGAUUGGCAGUAACAUAACCAAAUUAAGGAGUGAAGCGUUCAGAAGUAAUGGCACUAAUCUAACCAAUUUAACGACCCUCUUCCUUACCAAUGACAACAUUCAAACCAUAGAAGCAUUUGCUUUUAGUGGAUUAACCAACCUCAGCAUUUUGGACUUGAGUUACAACUUUUUAAACUCUAUUGCUGAAGAUGCCUUUGUGGGGCAGAAUCAGCUUAGCAUUUUAAAGAUGAACCAAGCACUGUGUGGCACAGCAGGCACACAGCUAAUGGAUUUCCAAUGGAUUUCAAACCUGAGAAACCUUAAGCUCUUGGAACUCACUGGCAAUAUGUUGAACACUUUUCCCAGUAUAGUAGUGAGUCUUCAUAACUUGCGAGAGCUAAAACUUGGAAAUAAUUCCAUCCCAAACAUUAAUGCAAAGACAGUCUCAGACUUAUUUACGCACAGGACACUUCAGGUGUAUUUAAAUCCAAACCCUUUAGUCUGUGAUUGUAAAAUUAAAGAAUUUCUUUUCUGGGUUGGGAAUAGAUCCCAGGUACCAGAUAAGAAAAACCUCAAAUGUCAUUCACCAUCCAAUUUAAAUGGGACAUUUGUUACAUUACUAAUUUCCAAAAACUUAAAAUGUAAUAAUGAGAACCUGGAAACCGCUUCCUAUGUCUUUUUUGGUAUUGUGCUGGCUUUAAUAGGAGUUAUAUUUCUUAUGGUCCUCUACCUGAACAGAAAGGGCAUUAAGAGAUGGUUGAAUAACUUCAGAGAAGCCUGCAGGGACCAAAUGGAAGGGUAUCAUUACCGUUAUGAACAGGACUCUGACCCCAGGAGGUGUAAUGUUUCCACAGGAAUAUAGAAGGAUGGAGAAUUUAACCUGACAUAAAGGUUAAACAUUCAUAGCCUAUGACAAUAAAAUCAGCAUGGGACUAUCAAUGGAGUGGAUGGGAUAUCAUCAGUACAUUUUAUCACACAUCUAUACUUAGGAAGUGGUAAAAUUGACUUAACCCCUUGGCUGCCAUAGAGGGCUACAAAACAUUGCUUUGUAAUGCAUUGCAGCCCUUUUUUGGGAGUAAGGGGAUUACAAGCAAUUAACUUCUUAGUAUUUACUGGUGAGUAUUAAUUGCAACUGGAUUUUAAUAGGAUAUAAGCCACCUUCUUCUUCAGUUGGACAUAUUUGCAUGCAAGUAAAAUGAGUUUUUAUAAUAACUAAUAAUUGAAAUAAAUAUCCAU